CUGAGGACCACACAGGCUGUGACCGGGGGCCCUUUCUGGAGGGGACAUUCGGUUUUUGUGGCAGGGACUUCCAAACUGAGGCCAAAGGAGGAGGGUCCAACUUCACCUUUGGCACCCCUUUCAUCCCCUUUUUUGGGUCUUCUUUAACUGCAACGGGGCGGGACCCUCCUCCGUAGUCCCUGGGGCGGAACUGGCCCCGUUGCUCCACCUGUCCCCACCUCCACCCGUGGGCGGUCCCGGCCCACGCUGGAAGGUCCUUAAGCCCGGGCGGCCCGCGGGACCGGUGGAGACCCAUGGAGCCGCGGACGAUGGCAGGACAGACGGGGGCAGACCCCGGGUUGGCCGAGCCUGGGGCCCUGUGUGCACAACAGGGCCACCGCACCUACGCUCGCCGCUGGGUGUUCCUGCUCGUAGUCAGCCUGGUCAGCUGCUCCAACGCCAUGCUGUGGCUCAGCUUUGCACCUGUGGCUGACAUCAUUGCCGAGCACUUCGUCCUGUCCAUGGUGCAGAUCAACUGGCUGUCACUGGUCUACCUCGUGGUAUCCACCCUGUUUGGCCUGGUGGCCAUCUGGGUCCUGGACUCCGUCGGGCUCCGUGGGGCGACCAUCCUGGGUUCGUGGCUGAACUUUGCUGGGAGUGUGCUACGCAUCGUGCCCUGCGUGGUUGUUGGGACCCAAAACCCAUUUGCCUUCCUCAUGGGUGGCCAGAGCCUCUGUGCCCUUGCCCAGAGCCUGGUCAUCUUCUCUCCAGCCAAGGUGGCUGCCUUGUGGUUCCCAGAGCACCAGCGAGCCACGGCCAACAUGCUCGCCACCAUAUCAAACCCCCUGGGCGUCCUUGUGGCCAACAUGCUGUCCCCUGCGCUGGUCAAGAAGGGCGAGGACAUUCUGUUAAUGCUCGGUGUCUACGCCAUCCCUGCUGGCGUUGUCUGCCUGCUGUCCACCAUCUGCCUCCGGGAGAGCGUGCCCCCCACCCCGCCCUCUGCCGGGGCUGCCAGCUCCACCUCAGAGAAGUUCCUGGAUGGGCUCAAGCUGCUGGUGCGGAAUAAGGCCUAUGUCAUCCUGGCUGUGUGCUUCGGGGGAUGCAUCGGGAUCUCCUACAGCUUCUCAACCCUCCUGCAGCAGAUCCUCUGUGCAAACGGCUACUCUAGUGGGUUUUCUGGCCUCUGUGGAGCUCUCUUCAUCGCGUUUGGGAUCCUGGGGGCGCUGGCUCUCGGCCCCUACGUGGACCGGACCAAGCACUUCACUGAGGCCACCAAGAUCGGCCUGUGCCUGGUCUCUCUGGCCUGCAUGGCCUUUGCCCUGGUGUCCCUGCUGCAGGGACAGGCCCUUGCCCUGGCCACCACCUGCUCGCUCCUCGGGCUCUUUGGCUUCUCGGUGACCCCCGUGGCCAUGGAGUUGGCAGUCGAGUGUUCCUUCCCCGUGGGGGAGGGGGCUGCCGUAGGCCUGAUCUUUGUGCUGGGGCAGGUCGAGGGAAUAUUCAUCAUGCUGGCGAUGAUGGCACUGACUGUGCAAUGCUCGGAGCGGUCCUUCUCCACCUGCCAGCAGGGGGAGGAUCCACUUGACUGGACAGCGUCUGUGCUGCUGAUGGCCGGCCUGUGCAACCUCUUCAGCUGCAUCCUGGUACUCUUCUUCCACACCUCAUACUGGCGCCUGCAGGCAGAGUCUGGCAAGUCCUCCUCCUCCCAGAACGCGUGCCCAGGCGCCGAGGACCAGGAGUCCCCGCCGGAAACUACCCCUUGA